AUGAUACCAACCAUGAUGAGAAGAUUUCCUAUGAGUUUUUAUAGCAAAAUCAUAAGAAAAUCUCCUAUAAGCCAGAGUUUCUUUUUAUCAAGAAGUUAUUCAAGUGAGGCUAAUGAUCAAAUUUCUCAUAAAAAAUAUACCCCAAAGGUAGCGAAAGGGAUGAGGGAUUUUUCUCCUGACUCCCCCCCCCCCCUCCGUGAGCGAACAAAAAAAUUUUGUUCGCUCACGGAGGGGGGUUAAUUUUUUUUUUUUUAAAAAAAAAUUUAUAUAAAAUUUUAUAAAAAAUAUUUUUUUUCGAAAUUUAAAAAAAUCCUAAUUUGCAAAAAUUGGGAAGCAAAUAUUAAUUUAAUUUGCAAAAUUUAUGUUUUAAAACGCAAUUUGUUUAAAAUUAAACAGAAUUAGCUCUAGAUUUCAUUAUACUAAUUAUCACUUAUAUAUCAAAAUUUUUUUCCAUUAAAAUUUUUUCUAUUAAAAAAAAUUUUUGUUCACUCACGGAGGGUGGGUUUUUGGUCAAAAAAUGGCGAUUUUUCUAAUGGUUUUGUUCGCUCACGGAGGGGGGGGGGGGGAGUGAGCAAAUGGCAAUAAGAGAAAAAGUCUUUGAAACAGUCCGAGCAGUGUUUUCUAAACAUCUUGCAGGACAAUUAGAUACACCUGUAAUGGAAUUGACAGAAACACUAACAGAAAAAUACGGAGAAGAAGGCGCAAAACUAAUUUAUAAUCUUGCAGACCAAGGUGGCGAAAUUUUAUCCUUACGCUACGAUUUAACAGUCCCAUUAGCAAGAUAUGUUGCUAUGAAUCGGCUUUUUAAUUGAAAAAGGUAUCCCUGACCAAAGAAAUAUUAUUUUAUAAUAAAAAAUAAGGCAGAGCAUAUAUUUAGUAUAUCAAUUAGGGAAAGUUUAUCGCCGAGAGCAGUCACAAGCCUCUAAAGGCAGAUAUAGAGAGUUCUAUCAAUGCGAUUUCGAUAUCAUAGGAAAAGGCGUCACAAUGAUCCAAGAAGCCGAAAUCCUGAAAAUUAUUGUAGAAAUCCUUGAAAAACUAGAUCUGAAAUUUAUUAUAAAGGUAAGCCACCGACUUCUAUUAGACGCUUUACUAAAAGUAGCUGGCUGUCCUAUAGAAAAAUGCCAAAAUAUAUCAUCAUCUAUUGACAAACUCGAUAAAGAAGACUGAAACACAGUAAAACAAGAAAUGAUUGAAAAAGGGAUCACAGAAGAUGUCGCGGAUUCUAUAGGAAAAUACGUAAGAAUCAAAGGUGAAGCCUGAAGCAUUUUAUCAGAACUCAAAAAAUUCAAAGAAAUAACAGAAAAUGAAACAGGAAAUCUUGCAUUGUCUGAGCUAGAAAAAUUAUUUGAAUUUACUGAUGUAUUAGGCACAACCCAAUAUUUAAGCUUAGACUUAAGCUUGGCUAGAGGGCUUGACUAUUACACUGGACUUAUAUAUGAAGCAAUUUUGCUCAAAACUGACACAAGUUUAGGCUCAAUUGCUGGAGGCGGCAGAUAUGACAAUUUAAUUGCCAAAUUAAGCGAAAAUAAAGUAAAUACCCCAGCUGUCGGAGUUUCUUUAGGCGUGGAAAGAAUUUUUGCAUUUUUAGAAGAAAAAUAUAAAAAUGAGAAAAUUUUGCACCCAAAAAGAUCAGUUUUGGUAGCACAAGCAGGGUCGUCAAACAAAUAUUUAUUGGUAAAGGAGAGGCUUAAAAUUUGUAAUUUGCUGUGGAAUGGUGGGAUACCUUGUGAAAUGAGCUAUAAAGAAAAAUCAGAUUCAAAGGGUCAAGCUGGGUAUGCGGGUGAGGUAGGAAUUGGGUUUAUUGUGUGGAUUGGGGAAAGCGAAAUAGAGAGAGGGAAGGUUAGGGUAAAAUCUUUAAAUACACAUGAAGAAACAGAGGUAGAAAUUAAUGAUUUGGUAAGCUUUAUAAAUAAUAAAGGAUAUUCUGCUUUUUAA